UCUCAGUCGAGUGUCUUGUAUUUAUUGAUUUCCCCUGUCCGACAAUACACCAAUUCUCGGCAUAUCGCAAUGAGGCGCUUUUCUGGAGUCUUCCGUGUCGGCUCCAAACCGGCUGCCCCCAAGCCUAAGGAAUCUCAUCAACCACCUAUUGCAAAUAACCAAUGUGCUGUGGAGGAACGGUCUGUUGAUGAAACCCGCCGGUUGAGAGUUGUCAUCAUCGGUGCCGGUAUUUCAGGCAUUCUGGCAUGUAUUCGAUUCAUGCAGCGAAUUCCCAAUCUUGAUAUAUGCGUAUAUGAAAAGAAUGCAGACAUUGGAGGGACCUGGUUUGAAAAUCGGUAUCCAGGAUGCGCUUGUGAUAUUCCAGCUCAUACAUACCAAGCCGCAUUCGAGCCUAGCAAGGAGUGGUCGACAUUUUAUGCCAAGGCUCCAGAGAUUCACCAGUAUUGGAAGCAUGUUGCCAAGAAGUAUGGAUGCAUGGAAUACAUCAAAUUGAGGCAGCAGGUAUCUGAAGCUGUCUGGAAUGAGGACCAAUCAAAGUGGAAUCUGCAGGGCAAAUGUGUUGCAGUAGUUGGAAAUAGGUCGAGUGGGAUCCAGAUUGUUCCCGCAUUGCUACUUGACGUACCACACAUCGACCAUUAUAUGCGCAGUCGAACGUGGAUUUCUCCGUCGUUUGAACGAGUGGAAACUGAAAAGCGUGGGAAGGGACUGGACAAUUUUACCUUUACGCCUGAGGACAUCGAAACCUUCAAGGAAGAUCACCAGAGAUAUCAGAAAUUCCGCAAAGAGUUCGAGCUGGAGCUUCAGUCUAUCCAUGGUGCCACCCGUACUGGACACCCAAUGCAGCUCGGAGGACAGGAGAUAUUCGCGGAGAACAUGAAGCGUCGUUUGGCCAAUAAGCCUGGACUGAUUGAUGAAUUGCUUCCUUCAUUUCCGCCCGCGUGUCAUCGACUCACUCCAGGUCCCGGGUAUCUAGAAGCGUUGACAGAUGACAAGGUAGACCUUAUCACCUCAAAUAUCAUCAAGGUAGACGAAACCGGGAUAAUCACCGCAGACGGUCAGCACCGGCCUAUCGACAUGCUUGGGGGUGUCACCUUCUCGGAACGGUGGAAAGAAACCCCAGAGACGUAUCUCUCGCUCGCGACCGAUGGUUUCCCGAACUAUUUCAUUUCCCUCGGACCUAAUGCUAAACUAGGCGAGGGGAAUCUUCUCGUGCUCAUCGAAAGAGCCUUAGAUUAUGUCACAGAAUGCGUACCUCUUCGCCACGGACCCCACUGCAAUACCGAUACCUUACCCCUUUCCUUCGACGAGCUCCUCUCACUUUUUUUACCCCGGAUAUUCCCCUCCUCCCCGGCCAUGAAGACAGACAAGCACUUUCGCUGUGAAAUCUGUCAGCGUGGGUUCACACGUACUGAUCACCUCAAGCGCCACCAUUUGCGCCGUAUGUAUUCUGGCCAGAAACCCUAUUCCUGCAUAUUCUGCAAUGACUCGUUCGCACGCUGCGACAAUCUGCGUGACCAUUACGCCGAUUGCGCUAAACGCGGGGGUCGCGAAAUUCCUGAGACAGGUCAGAAGGGUAGGCGGCGACAUGCCUGUCAAUCAUGUACCUCAAUGAAACUGCGAUGCGAUGGACAAAGCCCAUGCGGAUCGUGUCAGAAGAGAAACUUGAGUUGCAACAAUGAGCGGCCGGCCGGCCCCACCCACAUAGUGAUUGAAGAAGGUUCAAGCCUUCAGUCAACUCAGUCGCAAUGGAAGUCUCAUACAAACCAUGCAGAAAUAUCAACAAAACACGAAAUCUCGGAGCCAUCAUCCGACCGAGGAUCAAUCAAGUUCCUACUUAAUGGUGGCACCGAUAGCUUUACAGAAAACUUUCGACUUCCCCCACGCAGUGAUCGAGGGCUCAGUCUCAAAUAUCAUAAUACAAAUGGCCUAAAUGGCCUCGAAGUACGUCAGGGUACAGGGUUUUCAUACAACGUCGAUGGCGGCUUCAUGGAUUCUGGCUCCGUCCCGCCGCAAUUCUUCCAAGAUACAUUCCUGGACUUUUUCCACGGCCCUUUUGGGGAUGGACAGAAGCACACGGAGAAUCCAUAUCAUACGAGCGAACCGGACUACCAGUCCAUCGCCCCUCCGGGGCAGCAUCCUAUUGCACCUGGAGAUGCAGCUAUCUUUGAUCCGGAGCGACCGUUCGCGAUGGCAUUAAUUCAAUCAAUAUUGGCACAAGCGUGGCAGGUCCCGCUUGAUUCUAAAGCACAGGACGAGGUAUCUGCGAAUCUAAACUUUCUGUUAACGACCGCACGCAUACGAAAAUACAUUACGCUCUAUUUCAAAUACUGGCAACCUAGCUGUGCAAUGCUCGCUAUUUCCUUUGAUCCGGAGAUAGUUCCUCUGUCGCUGUUAGCCGCGGUGGUCUUUAUGGGCGCUAUGUACAGUAGCGACCAGAGGGAAGUGUACGCCGCUAAGAGAGUACUGGAUUUUGCAGAGCUGUUCGUCUUUGCGAAUGACGUGUUCUCGACAGAGAACGAAAUCAGCGCGAUGUUCUCGGGUGGCCGGUGCAACGACGAAAACAGUGAUUGGAGUUGGUUCCAGAGCUUCCAGGCCGGGGUUAUCAUCACCAUCGUCCAAUACUGGGCGGGAAACCGUUUGUCUCGAAAUCGCGCGAUGGAAAAUCGAUUCAGUGAGGUUGUGAAGGUUGCUCGACGAAUUGAACUUGUGAAAGCCCGUCACCUUCCUGAUGACCAGGUCCUGGAGCACUUAUGGAUCCAAAAGGAGUGUCGCAUCAGGACUAUUUCUAUAAUUUCACUGCUCGAUUGCGCAUUCUUCUUCUUUCAAAACUACCCCUGUCGACUGACACACACUGAAAUGGAAUGCGAUCUGCCCUGCGAUGAAUACCUUUUCUUCUCCGAGCACCCGUUCGCGGAGCCAAACUUUUGCUUUUCGCGCGGCCUAAUGCUUUCGGAGGCUUUUGACAAUUUGUUUGACGAAGCACCCGAGUCUCAUCCGAUGAAGCUCACUGCUUUGGACAUGUUUAUCUUGAUUCAUAUUCUGUUCUCAUUUAUUAAUACCCACAUGACGCUCCUCGGUUCUCUCAUACGUACAGGCCAUUUCAAGAAUCCCAGGAGAAGCGGCUCGGUUAGCACAAACGAAACCAGCAAGACUCCUGAAGAUUCCAUCCUCGUUUCCAUCUGGACUGCUCUAUCCCGCUGGCGGGAUUACUGGGUCGCACUGCGCAACGGAGUCACAACUGACGAAUGGGCAUCAAUGGGAUUCUAUAAGAAUGGGUAUAACUUUUGGCUUGUAUCACGACUACUCAUCACCAACAAGAAUGCUGUUGAUGUGGUGAUGCAGAUGGAAGUUCACUGCGAGGACAAGUUGGAGAAGCUCAAGGUGUUGCUACUCGACGACCAGGAAGAAGGACAAUGA